GCAACAACAACCGUAAUACACCAAUGAAUGUAAUGAACCAAUACACCAAGGAGCGUAUUGAUCUGGAGGAGAUCAAAAUUUCAAAGAAAUUUUGAUCUAAAGAAUCACCAUUCCAGUCGCUGUAGAAAACCCUAGAGCGUUAUUAUCUUUGAUUUUGUAUUCUUUUUAUUCAGCUUCGUACAUUCCGUGAACCUAUAUACAUGCAUUACACUAUUUUAAUACAACGUCAUAUUGAACGCCGUAGAUCGUAUGUUUUAAAACAUUAAUUAAUAACAAGAUUAGUAACUAGGGUUAUUUUCUGAAACCACAUCUCUGACCCUCUCUAUAUAUAUUGGAUGAAUUCGUGUUCACGUGGUUAAAAAAUUGAAACAAUUUUGAAUAGUGAUCAUUGGACACAACGUAGUGGCAAUUUUAAACACAUCGCUUUGAAUCUGCUUUGAAUAAGUAUAUUCCCGAGUUACGAUGUUACUCUUUGUCAUUUUGGAGAGAAUUAGAAGGACCAAGUCGCGUCAGUUACACAAACAAUAAUAUUAAAUUGAAAUUGUUAUUAAUUUCUGUUUUCUUGUGUAUGAACUUUUGUUGUACCUAUAUAGCAUCUUAAUUACCAUUUAUGAUUAUUCUUGGUAUUGAAAUUUCUGUUUUCUUGUACAAUAUUUCUUUAUGUUCUCCCUGUUUUAGUAUAAAUAAUGUUUUCAUUAAUGCACUUGCGUUUGCGGAUGAUAAUGAUUUUUGGUGUUAUAUAACAAUUACAAAAAAACUCUGUAAUCUGUUUUAUAUUGUUCUAAAAUUUUCAAAAUCAAAAAAUAAAUUUCGACUAGCAGUUGCGGUUGUGAUGGUUGUAGGAAAUUAAAUACAAAUAUAUUUAGUUUAAAACUAUAAAUAUAAAAAUAAUAAUAUUUAGUUAAUUGUUUAAAAGUGAGAUAAUAUAAAUACUAAUAUAUGUAUUAUAUUUAAAUUUAUAUAAAACUUUGAAACAUCAUAUUUACUAUAUUUUUAACAUUAAUAUAUAGAUAUAUAUAAACCCAAAAACAAAAUUUAAAAUAUAAUAUUAACUUUAUGUUUAGUAUAGUAAUAUCAUUUUCAUAUAUUAUAAUUAUAUAAAAUAUUAAUAUUGUUAAUUUAUUUAUAAAUCGUUAUUGAACGUACUAAUUUCUAACCGAUGUACUAAUCAUACAAAUCACUUAGUAACAUUCAAAACUACAAGCAUCCAUAAACUCCCGCAACCUAUGUGUUUUCACUAGUCAUAUCCUAAGUCUCUUUCUUUGGCUAUUUAGCAUAGCUCUUAGAACUAUUUUAUUAUUGUAAAUAUAAAUAUAAUGGAAAUCUAGAUAAUCCAUAUAUAUUACUCUUUUAACUCCGCUGCAGUAAUUUUAAACAUUUUAGAUUUAUUGAAAAUAUUCUAAAUUUAUAUUUCUAACUAGUACAUAAUAAUGAUGGAAUUUUAAUUUUACCACAAAUUUAAUAUCAAAUUAAUGUUUAAAGAUAACCAUUUUUCUAAAUAACUUAUGUUUAUGAUAAUCCUCCUAAAUAAUUUAUAUAAUAUUUAAAAAUAACUUACAAAAUAUUUGAAAAAUUGUAGUCAAAUUAUGGUAUUUCAAGCAAUUUCUCCAUGAUAUUUAGAUAUCGUUCUUUAUUUAAAACUAACUUUUGUUUUAGUUAAGUAGUAGAUCAUUUGUCUUAGUUAGCAUGUUCGUCAUUAUGUUUAAUGCGAAUUUAAACCAUUUAGUUUUCUUAUAUAUAUUCUUGACGAGAAGAUGAAUAUUGAUCAAGUGGAGUCUUCUGACCAACAUUUUGUCAUGAUAUCAAAGACAAUAAAAAUAGUCAAGGAAUUGAUGCAAAACCCUGAAAUACCGUCAUUCUUUAUUUUUAUAAACUUUUGAUAAUUCACUAUAUUAUAUGACUUAUUUUGUUUUUUAGAAUACUAUUUGAUUAUCUAAAUCAUUUGGCUCAAAAUAAUUAUAUAUGCUACAUGAGUUUUACGUCAUUUAAUUAACCUGACUUUCUUUUUGGCUUCUACCAUUGUUUAAAAAAAUAAUAAGAAGUACUGGUUUAUGGUUUGAGUGUUUUAGACGAAGUUCUCAUACAUAUUGUCACAAGAAACAAGACUUGAGGUGUCGAGUAAUUCUUUCUCUCGGAUAUACAAAGGAAUUCACAGAAACGGAAAAUAUAUUGACGAAAAGCACCGCAACAUGACAAAUCACAACAACAAAUUUAAAAUAAUUUAAUCUCCUUUUUAAGGUCUACAUUUCCCGUUUUUCCCCACUAAGAAAAAUGAGAAAGUAAAAAAUAAGACAGGGGUUACGAAGACAACUAGUCCAACAUACAAAAUUUGCCUAUCUGAAAAUAGAGAAUUUUCUAGCAGUUGCCUUCGCCCCUUUCUGAUUUGCUGCAACCAUAUUGAAUCGACCGAGAGUUUUCGAACAAAUUGUAAGCUUAUUAGGAAAAGAAACGAUGAAGACCCCUAUCGUUAGAUCAUAUGUUAGGUCAAAAGUGCCGCGGCUGCGAUGGAAUUCUGAUCUUCACAACUCUUUUGUUCAAGCCGUUGAACAACUAGGUGGAGAACAUAGAGCAACUCCUAAGAUGGUUUUACAGUUAAUGGAUGUAAGAGGACUCACAAUAUCUCAUGUGAAGAGUCAUCUCCAGAUGUAUAGGAGCAUGAAGUUGGAAGAAUCCAUGCAAGACGAGAUAUUAGCAAAGAGAAGUGUUAGAGUGACAGGAGAAGUGACUUGGUGGCAGUUUCAACAGUACCUUCAUAAUUAUCAACGUCUCCGAGGCAAUGCCAACCUUUUCCAAAAUCAACUAAGGCGAGAAGACGAAAUGUAUGAAAACAUAAUAACAUUUGGAGAAUCAAGUAAUGGAAUUAAGGACGUACCAAGUGACUAUUUUACUUGCACGUCUCUCUAUGAGUCUUCAAGGGUCCGAGUUAGUAAAAGUAAAGCUGAUGAUGACAAUGGUAAAAUUGUUUGUGAUAUUGGAGAUGAUGGUAAUGUUGUUACUGUGUCAGUAAAAUCAACAAAGGCUUCCAAAGGUGAAGAAGAAUCGUCCCUUGAGCUCACUCUUGGUCUCAAGCCUUAAAACAGGAAUUCGAUAUAUGCAGAAACCGUUAGAAUGUAUCUUAUUAAUGCAUGUAUUUAAAAAUAUGUUUUUAAUAAUUUCUGUAUACUAGUGAACACCAUUGCACGUUGAUGUCUUUCUACUGAGAUUUUAAACCGACGACUGUAUGCCGUUUCUUUGACUAAAUCUGUACGUUGUCAAUGGUAAACCAAUAUAAAAAUUUUACAUCUUUAUUUUAGUGAUUUCAGUAAUUAAACUCUAUAAUCUAUCUAUCUUUUUUUUCUUCUUUUUUUGAAUUAUACAAAAAUAUUCCGACCUCAUAGAAGUGGUCCAGACUAAUCAUGUGUUUCCACGUGUCGGUCUCAUGUAUUUGGUGAUGCCGAAAUGUUAAUUCUUUAGUGGUCGGGACUCGAACCUUGGUUGCUUCAUCGUAUUGGGCUUUAAUAACCCUAGGUUUCAGACGUUACCAUGGAAAGAUGUACGAUAAAAUCAAUUCGAAGGAGUGGAGAGAGUGGUUUAGUAGUUGUUAUCGCGAUCAUUAUAUGAGACUCUUGAAUGCUAAAGAAAAACGUUACUUUCAAUCGUCCGUGUGAUUUUUUUUUCCUGCUAGACAACAUUAGGUCUAGAAAGAAUGGCCAGAUUAUUUAUAUGGGCUUUAGGCAUACAGACCCUAUAAAACCAGGUUAGUAAAAGGUCGUAAAGAAGUAAACGAAAGUUUCGUCUUUUCUUCAGAUAUAUAGAAUUGGAUAGGUGUCCUCUUUUGCUCAUAUUUCGUGAAGAUGUGGCAGCAUAAGAGAAGAGAAUUUUCUCUUUUAUAUAUAACUACUAGUGGUAUUUCGGUGCUACGCGCUGAGUUCGUAUAUUUUAUUCUGAAAUAAAUUUACAAUUCAUCUUAUGGUUUUAGUGAAGAAAAUAUGUUUAAAAAUAUAUAAAUGAAAAUAUGUUAAAAGAGAAUGAUAUUUUUCCGAUCCAUUUGAUAAUGAUUAGUGACUGUAAUGUAUUGCUUUGUUUUGAAGUUGCUUGGUGUAAAAUAGAAUAGCAUAAGUGGUUGUGAUUAAUCGAUUCAAUAAAAGUAUAAUAAAAAGUAAAUAAUCGUAACAAAGUUAAUUUAGUUAGAAUUUAAACAUAAAAUAAAGUUGAUGUUUUGUUUAAAGAACAUACUUAUAAUGUUAAAGUACUAUGUGAACAGUAUAUAGAAAACUAAUCUGAAUUUAAACGUGUGUAACCUGUUAACUAUUAAAUUGAGUUAAUGCUUUGACGACUCCAAUUUUUUUAAACAUAUGCAUUUGUGGUUGUGGAACUCAGUCUGGCCGUGAAACCUUAAAAUAUAUUCACAAUAUGACACCAUAUAAUGAAAGAGUUAUUAAUAUUUUAUAGGUGAGAAAAAAUCUUCCUUUUUCUUUUGUAACUGCGUGAGAAAAUUUUGUUCUGGCAAAGGCAAAUUUACCAAAUGAGGAAAAACAAUUAAAUAUAUUGUUUUCAAAAAAUGUUUUGACCAAUCUCAUCAUUUGUUUAUAUUUUUUUUUCUUUUUUUACUAACAUUGUUUAUAUAUUAUGCUAUUUUAUAUAUUUUGGAGAAUUAUUAAAGUCUGAAGAAUGCACCGUUACCACUCACCAAUGUAUUUUUAUUCUUUAUCAAUAGUUUUU